UUCGACUAGGUUGGUAGCUUUGCUCGAGUUCAGUAUUGAUUAUUCAUUAUUUCAGCAUACAGAAACCACAGACGUAAUAUAGGAAACAGGAACAGGGACUCAGUUAGUGAUUUGAAGUGGAAAAGGUCGGAAGUGUGUAUUAUUAGGGCAAUAAUAAGAAAACCUAUUAAAUUUAAAUCGCAUAAAAGAGCGUACAAAUAAAAUAAAAAUAUCAUUUCAAUAACUUUUGGUAUACUUUAUCUUUAUAAACUCAGUUUUCAUUUUACAUUUUUGAUAUUUUUUUGAUAAUACUAAAAUAAAUACUGUUGUUUCUAUUAACUUGAGAGUAUAAGACGUCGAAAAUGAUGCAAUUAAUCUUAGACUGCGUAUUUUCACCACGUUUGUACAGAAUAUAUGGACAAGAGGACGGCGAUGGUGCCUAUGAACCUAAUAUGAUGGAACAAGUCGCUACUAAACUACUCUCAGCGACUAGAACUAUUGUAAACAUCGGUAUAUAUACAUCGCCAUUGUUGUGUAUGUAUAUUUUUAAAAGAGGCUUUUUCUCCGUUGACGAGCUGAACACGCUCUUCCAUCUCAUCGGAACUGUCGGAUGUUUCUUUUCUUUGACCCUGUUCAUGAGAUCACUAGGGAGAGCUUCCAAUCCCGACUACGUGGAAUUUUUGCAUACUCUCUACCGGCCCGUUGUUGACGAGAAGAGUUACAUUGAAAGCAUCCGAAAAUAUGAUUUCGAUUUCAAUCGUUGGCCAAUUUCUUUUAUCAUGGACCCGAUUGCCAGUGAACCUGCUGUCAAUCCAUUCUCCAAAUGUGCUAAUCCAGAACUACCAUAUUACAAGAGAGUUACCAUACAAAUACUAGCCUACUUCGCCAUUAAAACUUUCGCCAUACGCCUCAUAUACCCUGGUUGUGUUGGGGUGCUCCGGAACAUACUAUGCGAUCCAGGGACGGCGCUAGAAGAGGGUAGACUGAACCUCGUCGAGGUUUAUAAUGGUAAAAGGGCCAGAGUUGUGACAGCUGAUGGAAAUACUAUCGAUACGAUGUUUGUCGACAACCGAUUGACUUCUUUGAAUGGGAGGAUCCUUGUGAUCUGCAGUGAGGGUAACUCUGGCUUUUAUGAAGUUGGCAUAAUGGUAACGCCAGCUAAAGCCGGUUUCUCGUCCUUGGGGUGGAACCAUCCAGGAUUUGGCGACAGUACGGGAUAUCCGUUUCCACGUCAAGAACAAAACGCCAUUGAUGCUGUAGUCCAAUACGCUAUUCACGAACUUGACUUCAACGUUGAGAAUAUUGUCAUGUUUGGUUGGAGCAUUGGAGGCUAUGUAUCCGCCUGGGCCGCUGCUUCAUAUCCUGAUAUGAGGGGUCUUAUCUUGGAUGCUUCAUUUGACGACCUCUUGCCCCUGGCUCUCAAACAAAUGCCCAGGUCAUGGAAUUAUCUUGUGAAGGAAGUUAUUCGUUCUUAUGUUGACCUUAACGUUGGCGAUUUGCUUGUGAGAUAUCGUGGCGCCGUACAGUUGGUUCGACGUACUGAAGAUGAAGUUAUUUGCAUACGCCAAGGCCAGCUUGCUACCAACCGCGGAAAUUACCUGUUCCUGAGACUUGUAGUGAGUCGUCACCCGGAAUUUUUCGAGGAACUAAACGGAGAGAAGCCAGUGAUUGAUCUACUUCAGGCUUGCGUUGCUCUGUCUGAUCAACAACGCAUCGUGCUCUCUAGGACAGAUUUACCUGAGUCAAAGAGGAGGCUCCUUAGGAUGAUUGAGAAGUACAUGCGUGACUACCGAUCAUCGCACUGCAGUGUGUUGCCAGAAUCAGACUUCAAAGCAGUCAUGGAAACCCUUUUAAAUAUGUAAAUGUAUGCAUUAAUGUCACCUGCAAUUUUUGUAAGACAGGACCAUUAUGCAACUAUGAAAAUCUAUUACAAUAUACUUCGUGAAACAAUGUGUUUCUUCUGGUAUUUAAUCGCAUAGUAAAUAGAUAUGUGUAAUAGUUUCAUAAUUGAUCAAAACUAUCUUGGUAUAAUUAUUAAUGGGUGGAUACUAAAUAAAAUUUGAAUUUACUCUUUAAAAACAUAUUGAUGUGUAGUUUGACUAUAUUUAUCACUUAAUCAAUGUGCUAAUUAUUAGAACUGAUUGAUAUUAAGAAUGGUGGUAAGUUACUUGGUGGCUAAAAGAAGGCUUUUGAUCUUAAGAUCAUUAACCACCGUGGCGUAGUAUAAGAACCAACCGAGCUUUCUAUUAGGUUGUAUUGAUGAUAUUAUAUGGAAAAAUUCCAAUUUAUAAUAUACUCGUUUGGUUCUCGGGAUAAAAUUUAUAGUUGUACGACUUAUUGACAUUUAAUGUUUUAAUCUUUACUAUUUGAAAUAUUUUUGUCAUGGUAUUGGAUUCUGAUUGUCUUAUCGAUGUAAAAUAUAAUAUACUCCCAAA